UUCUAGCUUAUCACUUCUUGUUUAUAUCUUAGGUAGGAACAACAAACUUAUCAGUCUGAACAUGGCUUGGAACAAAGUGUGCGGAAAAGGCGCAGUUGCAAUAUUUAGAGCGCUCAUGAUAAAUUCUAUCCUGGAAGUGCUGAAUAUUUCUUGGAAUGGUUUAGGGUAUGAGGGUGCCGUGGCUCUAAGUAAAUGUGUAAAGCGCAAUGUUGGACUGCGUGACCUUGACGUGUCUAACAAUAGGCUUAACUGGAGAUGUGCCUUCCUUAUGGCUGAGGGACUUAGGUCAAACUUUACACUCGUUAAACUCAGGAUCGGGCAUAACCCUCUAACUACUACAGGUUGUAUGGAUAUACUGGAAGCCGUUGCUACUAAAGAAAGUGCGAUAACUUUGUUAGACUUUACUGAGAUACCUGUGUUAGGAGCGGCUGAUCUCCUAGCUGCAACCAUCAGUAGAAGGAGGACAUUCCAGUUCUUCCACGGAGGAAUCGUCCCAACCCAUGAUAAAUUAGGACAACGACUUGGCAGAGAAUUGAAUCCGAUGUUACGAAUCAUUGAGUACCUUCGUUUAUUGGGACUGCGGCCAUUAGAGCUUAUGAAGUCAUUUGACAAAACAUCUUCGUUUGAAUUACCACGGGAAGAAUUCAUCGAUCAAAUUAAGAGGAUUGGCGUGAAGUUGCACCCCUACGAGAUAGACGCAUUAGCAAAUUCCAUUUCCGGAAAAGGAUACAAUAAAAAUGUGAUAAAUUACAGGAAGCUUUCCUUAGCUGUACGCGAAGUUGUAAUGGCAGAACGAGAACGAAAGAUACGGGAGCGGGAAGAAUGGCUACAGAUUAAAACAUAUCACGAGAGUAUACUAAAGAAAGGAACGCUGGAUGAAUAUAUCAGUCAUUCCGGAAGUACAAGGCUAAUAGAUCCAAAGGACUCAUUGAAAAUGAAAAGUUUCCAAACUAUCGCACCAAGUGGGACAUCACGAAACAGUACUGGCUCAAAACCUGGUUCACCGGACUCGAAUAAAGUAUUGCAGCUGUCUCUGUGCUCACCACUGGCCCUUUCCAAGUCAGUCUUAGAGCCUGAUAAACAGAAAAGUAAAAGACGAAACAGAAGGAAAGAGAUCCAUAACGUUUAAAUAUUUCAAAAAAUAUUGAGGAAUAUUCGAAACGAUAUUUUAUUGAAUCUCAAGAGCUAAAUGUAUUUACAAGAUUGUCCACCAGAAGACAUAUUUCCUAAGCUCAGUGCAAAACUAUUGUAUAUUGUUCUUUAUUUCUAUAUACAGUUACAAUACUUUUGCGUUGAUCUCGUGAUUUUCCUUUUCAGUGUAUGGAUAACUGGCGACAUGUUUUGUUAGUAAGACCCUUGUUCAAUUGCUUUUAGACGAAUAGUAACAUUUAAAUUAGAGAAAAGUAUUAUUUCAGUGUAAAUUUAAUUUAGGAAGCUUACUAGUACUUGACAAUAUCACAACAUAUGUUGAACAUCUAGACCUAAACUACAUUACAGUACAUGGCCGACAUUCACUCUCGCAAGUUCCCAUCCUGUAGAUUAUAUCAAAAUGAUACAACAACAGUUCUCUAAGAGUUUGAGUGCCUUGCCCAUUGACUGAUGGCAAAACUUUCACGUUCAGUUUUAAGAAACAAUAAAAAAAACAAAACAAUACAUAAUCACAGAACGACCAUAUUUUUUUUCUUAUCGUGAUGUAGCUCUUAAUGAAAAGUUUUAUUACGUCUGUCUAUGGUCUAUUUUGGACAUUUAAUCUGUCUGCAGAUCUAUGUUGUAUAAAAGUACAGUCUAAAUAAUGAACAGAAAUCAGACGCACCUCAAUGAACAAUUUAAAACAAUUUUGAAAAGUGUCUAAGAUUUUUACGCCAAUAAUGUUGUAUGAGUUAAAAGAUAAAAAAUAAAUAUUGGUUUUCUUUGAAUGACCUGGUUCUUUGUUUCGAAGUUAUACAGAACGUAAAGGCUAGCAAUAGAGUCGAAAGUAAUUUGUUCAGUAGUAAGUAGAUUAAAAGUGACCAAUCAUUGUACUGUCAACGUACAUGCACAUAAAAAUUGAAUAAAUCAUGACUCGUAGUUUACAUCCACAAAUUCUCAGAAUAAGACAAACAAUAUUACAGUCUGCGGACCUAAUCAUGUUACAUAACAAUCUGCACAAGACCAACUUUUAUCAUGAUUCAUUCAGUCUUGUGUGUCAAAAAUAAAGUGAAUAUUACAUUUAAUAGAUGAGAUAGCACAUUUUAUUCAAAUGUAUAUUUGCUUUUGUACAUUAUUAAUUCACAUUCAUCUGUCAUAUGUUUAGUAUAAAGGUAAGAAAUCCCAGCAGGCCACACUCAUUUAAUGUACCUCCUGUCAGGCGGAUGUCUAGAGAAGAAUGUUAAAACUAUUGACAAGCAUAUUGUGUUAACAUUACAGAUGUUUUUCAGUUUUAUGUUAUUUGUAUUGCCAUUAAUUUAAUAAACU